CAAAACUUUUUGGUUAUGUAAACAAAAUGGCUUCUGUACAGUUGUCAAUGUUGUCAUCAUAAAAAUACAUUAUUUUUAUAUUAUUAUUGUGGAAAAUGGUACUAAAAUUGUUGAAAUAAGGAAAGUUUAAAAAUACAGAGAAUAAUAAAUUGAACAAUAUUUAAAAUAAAUUUAAAGUAAUACAAAACAGGUUUAAUUUAAUUGAAAAUAAAUAGAUUCUCUUUAAAUACACGAAAAAAUAUAUAUAAAAAAUGGCUGGCUCAGCAUUGAGACGAUUAAUGGCUGAAUAUAAACAAUUAACCUUAAAUCCACCAGAAGGAAUAAUAGCGGGACCUAUUAAUGAGGAAAAUUUUUUUGAAUGGGAAGCAUUAAUAACAGGACCAGAAGGAACAUGCUUUGAGGGUGGUGUAUUUCCAGCUAAAUUAAUAUUUCCACCUGAUUAUCCAUUGAGUCCACCAAAAAUGCAAUUUACUUGUGAAAUGUUUCAUCCAAAUAUUUAUGCCGAUGGACGUGUUUGUAUUAGUAUUUUACAUGCACCUGGUGAUGAUCCUAUGGGUUAUGAAAGUAGUGCAGAAAGAUGGAGUCCCGUGCAGAGUGUUGAAAAAAUUUUAUUAAGCGUUGUUAGCAUGCUAGCCGAGCCAAAUGAUGAAAGUGGUGCAAAUGUUGAUGCAGCAAAAAUGUGGCGUGAAGAUCGUGAUGAAUUCGAUAGAAUUGCACUGAAACUAGUCAGAAAGACACUUGGCAUUUCGUUGUAAGUUUAAACAAAAAUUCAUUGAAACGUUAUUUUUAAAUAUAUAAUAAAAAUGUAAAUAAUUUACAUAAUAGAAAUUAUUAUUUAAUGUGAAUUGUACUUUUUAAAAAAGCAGUGUUUUAAAUAUUAGAAAUAUUAAUUAAAAGUUGAAAACCGAUUUUUGUAUAGAAAAAUAUUUUUCAAUUUUUAACAAAAGAAAUUAAAUCUUAAAAUUAUUGGUUAAAUAAACAUUUUCAGAACAAAAUGUUUUUAAAUGAUGUGGGUUAAUAAAAACUACAAAAAAUUAA